GCCUCUGAAGACUUCCACAUGGCAGCUGGCACAGGACCAAGAUACACAAGUUAUCACAGUUGAUCAAAAAUUGGACAUUACCCCUCUAACUGGUGUUCCAGAGGAACAUAUUAAAACACGAAAAGCUUAUAUUUUUGUUCCGGCCCGUAAUGCCAUGCAAGCUGGUGUUAAUAACACGAAAAAAUGGAAAAUGGAAUUUGAUACAAGGGAGCGCUGGGAAAACCCACUGAUGGGUUGGGCAUCUUCAGCGGAUCCUCUGUCCAAUAUGCAACUAACCUUCUCUACAAAAGAAGAUGCUAUUGCAUUUGCUGAAAAAAAUGGCUGGAGCUAUGAUGUUCAAGAGGAGAGGAUUCCAAAACCUAAAUCCAAGUCUUAUGGCGCAAACUUUUCUUGGAACAAAAGAACAAGGGUGUCCACAAAAUAGGUUGGCAUUGGUUGUCUCUGCAUCUGACUGCGAAUAAAGUCAGCUGUGCUGUAUUUAUAGUCCAUGUAUAAUACGUCUCUUAAUCUCCUAAUAAAUUUGACCUUUAAACUGCUCA